GAGUGGGCUUCUUACAAACUUGGAAUAUUCAUUUGUUUGAAUUGCUCUGGAAUCCAUCGCAAUCUUCCUCAAAUCAGCAGGGUCAAAUCACUUCGACUCGACUUCUGGGAGAAUGAUCUUAUAGAGUUUAUGAAGAAGCACGGGAAUCUCUCUGCCAAAGCCAAAUAUGAGGCGAAAGUCCCUCCCUACUACUACAUCCCUCAGUCCUGUGAUUGCUUGGUUUUAAGAGAGCAAUGGAUUAGAGCUAAAUAUGAGCGUGAGGAAUUUGUUGCCACCCAAGUCUGCCAAGAUCCUUGUUCUGCAGGUAGCCGUGAAGGAUUCCUCUGGAAGCGUGGGCGGAAACGCAGAGAGUUCCAGAAGAGGCUAUUUUUCCUAUCAGCAAGGGAAGGGGUGAUGAAGUACUACACCAAAGAAUCCAGAGGUCCAAAAGCCAUUAUCAGCAUUGAGAAUCUGAAUGCAAUGUUCCAGACAGAGAAAAUCCAACAUGCACAUGGGCUGCAGAUCACGUACAACACAGAUGGUCAAACAAGGAACCUUUUUGUCUAUCACGAAAGUGGAAAGGAGAUUGUUGACUGGUUCAAUGCCAUUCGGGCAGCACGUUACUAUUAUCUCAGAACAACCUUCCCAACUGUCCCUGAGCCUGAGCUCAUACCCAGAAUCACAAGAAAUUAUGUCAAAGAAGGAUAUAUGGAGAAGACAGGACCAAAACAGAAGGAGGCCUUUAAAGUGCGCUGGUUCUGCCUGGAUUCUCAAGAAAGGAACCUGAUGUACUUUAAAAAUCCACUGGAUGCAUUUGCACAGGGCCAGGUCUUUAUUGGAAGGAUGGAUGAGGGAUAUGAAGUACGAGCUGGCUUGCCCCAGGGAGUUCAUGUGAAGAAGAGGAAACCAGCGAUCACUGUGGUCACGCCAGUGAGAGAGUUUGUGUUUAUAUGUGUGAACGACAAGGAGCAGAGGGAGUGGAUAGAUGCUUUAAAUGGAGUCAUUGCCCAGCCUUUGACUGGUUAAAACUAGUGCUGAGAUCUGGGGGACUGCACUUCUUGAGCUCUGUUCAGCACAGCUCCGUGGCCUCGUUACGUUGGCAAGGAUGGUGCUCAAGGCUCUGCAGUGACUCUAGUACAAAGGGCUUCUUCCUUCAACAACCACAGGCACAGGAAUGGGGACAACAGAGAAAUGAG